GUUGGUUGAGGAAGGAAUGAGUCUGGCCAAUUACUAGGCGUAACAGUUUACAUGCCUAUAACGGUUGUAAUAUUUAUUUAUAAGCAUUUUAGUAGUGUAUUACUAAGAUUUGUUAUGCCUUUUUCAAGAACUUCUGUUAAAAAAAAUUGAAGACUUGAAAUUAAGAAAAGAUUAGAACUUUAUUCCUGGGAAGGAACCAAUGGUUUCAUUAUGGCUAAUCAACAAAAACCAAAAUCAUCAAGUUUUUUUGAUACCUUCUUGGGGAGAAAGAAGGUGGGUACAAACCGCUCAGGUGGGCAGUUGUCUCGGCCUCACUCAGACUCAGACUUUAAUGAGUUGGAUGAGCAGGUUGAGAGUAUUGAACAUCUGGAUGAGGAUGCUCUCAAUGAGAGGUUUGAGAGGAUGUUGGAUGACCGAAACUUGACAGAAGAGAUGAGAGAGCCUCUUAGACGACAAGUAACCCAGAACAAAAAAAGUAUGCUCAUCAACCACUACAGGGGCUCUGCAAACGAAAAUAAAUCAAAAUUUGAUAAACCAUCCGAGUAUAUCCAUUACUUGGACCAGCCUGAUCUGAGCAUUAACAAGAUACACAAUUGUCUGGAAUCACUAAGGAUAGCUCUGACCAACAACCCUCUGAGUUGGAUUGAAGAAUUUGGAACAGAGGGUCUCAAGAAAGUUUUGUCUACGCUCAAUCUCUGUUAUCGAAAUGACAGCAAGUAUGAUAAAAUCCAAUGUGAAUGCCUGAAGUGUCUUCGGGCAAUCAUGAACAACACACAGGGUGUGAAGCAGAUGUUCAGCCAGAAAGAAGCUCUUACAAUUGUGGCACAGUCACUGGACGCUAACAAGCCAGCAGUUAUUAUGUAUGAAGCAGUCCGUGUAUUGGCUGCAGUGUGCCUGAUACCACCUGAUGGCCACGAGCGGGUAAUUGAGGCCAUCACUAUGAGUGGAGAGAUGCGUCGACUCACCAACCGCUUCCAGCCGGUAGUUGACGCUCUCAUAAAAGGAAAUGCACAACUCAGGGUUGUGUGUCUUCAGCUUAUAAAUGCCAUAGUAACUACUCCAGAUGAUCUUGAGUUUCGCCUCCAUUUACGAAAUGAAAUUAUGAGAACAGGAUUAAUGGACGAAUUAGAUACCCUAGAGAAAGAAGGCGAUCAGGGAGAUGAACAACUGAAUGUACAGUUGAAGAUAUUUUUGGAUCACAAAGAGGAGGAUUAUUACGAGUUGAUCCAAAGGUUUGACAGUGUCCGGAUGGAAGUCGACGAUGUUAACGACUGCUUUGAGGUUGUUAAGAACUUAGUAAUGGAUUCUCCUGCUGAGCCAUACUUGCUAUCUAUCCUUCAGCACUUGCUAUUUAUCCGUGAUGACACCCUCAUUAGGCCAGCCUACUAUAAGCUAAUAGAAGAGUGUGUAUCUCAGAUAGUACUGCACCGUGGUGGCUGUGAUCCUGAUUUUGCCAUGACUCGAAGGUUCCAGAUUGAUGUCCAGCCCCUCAUCGAUUCACUAGUCGAAAAAUCAAAAGUUGAGGUGGAAAGGAGGCUGGAAGAAAUGGAACGAAAGUUAGAGGAGGCCUUGGCUAUGAGACAGGAAGCUGAGGCAAAGCAGGUGUUAGCAGAGAAGGCACUACAAGAUUACAUGGCAGGCGGUGGUGUGCAAUCUAAGGGAAGUUUACCACCACCACCUCCUGGACUCUCUUUAGGUCCCAGGCCACCUCCACCACCACCUAUGCCAGGAGCAGGACCUCCACCCCCACCACCUCCACCCAUCCCAGGUGGUAUGGGUCCCCCUCCUCCUCCGAUGCCAGGCAUGGCUCCACCACCUCCACCCCUUGGCAUGGGUCCCCCACCUCCCCCCAUGAUGGGAGGGUUCAUGGCGCCACCUCCUAUGAAGGCCCCAGAUGUUCUACCGCACGGGUUAAAGCCAAAGAAAAAGUGGGAUAUUGAAGGGCUGAAAAGAGCUAACUGGAAUACUAUAAAACCUCAAACGUUAUCAGAGAAAUCCUUUUGGGUCAAAGUACAAGAGGAAAAACUUGCAUCACCAGAUAUUUUGGAUGGGCUUGCAGCUAAGUUUUCUUCAAAACCACCCGUUAGAAAAGUGGAUGAUGUGAUUGACAAGGGAGCAACACUAAAGAAAGUGAAAGCUUUGAAAGUGCUAGAGCCUAAAGCUGCUCAAAAUCUCUCAAUUCUUUUAGGUGGCAGUCUCAAACACCUCAGCUAUGCGGAUGUGAAGAAGUUUAUCUUGCAAUGUGAUACAUCUGUGCUGUCUGACAAUGUAUUAGAACAACUAAUAACGUACUUGCCACCACCAGAUCAGCUUAAGAGAUUAUCUGAGCUCAACUGUGAUCCCGACGAGCUCACCGAGGCUGAGCACUUUGCAGUCACUUUAGCUGAAAUAAAGAGGCUACUGCCAAGGCUGAAAUCUAUGCGGUUCCGUCUCCAUCACGCUGAAGUUGUUCAAGAUAUUAAACCCGAUAUUGUUGCUGCAACUGCUGCCUGUGAGGAAGUGAAACAAAGCAAGAAAUUUGCCCAGAUGCUAGAACUUAUUUUGCUUCUGGGCAAUGUUAUGAAUAGUGGUUCUAGAAAUGGACAGGCAUUUGGGUUCGAAAUCAGUUUUCUACCUAAGCUUUCCAGCACAAAAGAUAUUGAGAACAAGACAACUUUGUUACACUAUAUAGCAGACACAGUAGAGCGCAAAUUCCCAGACUUACUGAAUUUUGCGGACGAUUUGCCCCACAUCGACCGAGCAGCACGAGUCUCCACUGACAUCAUCCAAAAGGCUUUGAGACAGAUGGAAACUAACGUACGCAAUCUUGAGACUGAUCUUAAUAACAACAAAACACCACAAAGUGAAAACGAUCUCUUCAGUAAAGUAAUGGGUAACUUUGUGAUAGAUGCAAGACAACAAUGUGCUUUGCUGCAGAAUAUGUUUCAGAAUAUGGAAGCCCUCUACAGUGACCUUGCUGAAUACUAUGUGUUUGAUAAACAGAAGUAUACAUUAAAUGAGUUCUUUACUGAUCUUAAGAUGUUCAAGGAUGACUUUUACCAAGCACACAAGCAGAAUGUUCUAGCAAGAGAAGCUGAAGAGAAGUCUCGCCGUGCACGAGAAGCAAGAGAGAAGGAUGAGAUGGAUAGAGCAUUGCGAGCUGAGAGGAAAAGAGCCUUGGUUGACAUGACAAAGGAUGGUAACCAAGAAGGAGUUAUGGAUAGCCUCUUGGAAGCAUUACAGACAGGGUCAGCUUUCAGUAGAGACCAGCGCCGGAAAAGGCAGCAGCGACCUCGAGUUGAUGGUGCUGAUCGGCGGGCACAGUUGAACCGUAGUAGAUCACGGACUGGCCUAGUCAGUAGAGAGUUAAGUGCAGAGCUUAUUGGAUCUUCAUAACACAGAAGCAAUUUAGUAAUAAUUGACUACAAGUCUUCACACAAACCUGCUUGGGUUGGUACUGGUUGUAUAAUGUUGUGGAUAGAAAUAAUAUAAACUACAGACAAUUGCAGUGUAAGGUGUGUGUGUGCGUUCAUGAUCUUCAAGUUCAGUCAAGUCAAUAGUCAGUGAGAGGACCAAUAUUUGUAACCAAAAGAAGAAAACAAAUAAUUAAACACGUUAAAGAAAUGAUGUACCGUGGUUUUAUUAGGUAAUUUAUAUUAAUAUCUAGCUUUACCACAAGAAUAGAAUGUUAAUAAACUGAGAAUAGUUUUGAAUUUUUAAAGGUGCUUGACAAUAUGUAACAUGUUUAAAUUAUAGAAUACCUAGAAAUUUCUAGAAUGUUUAAGUGAAUUUAGAACUCUUAAAUUAAUAUUUCAGAUUGUCAAUGGACACAUGUAUGUGACAACAUUGUAAACAAAAUUUGUUGCAAUAUAUAUCAUAGAUUGUUUUAACAACAAAUACAUUUAUGAUAGUAGCCAACUGAAAACCUAUAUAAUUUUACUAUUAACUGUCAAUAUGCUGGCAUACAUAAAAUUUUAAUAGUUUUAGUGAAUUUUCUAAAGUAUAUGACUUCAAAGCAGCUACUCUUAAAAAAGCUGCCAGUAAAAAUAUGUACAAUCUUAUUAGUGUUUUAAACAAUUUUUGAUUCUUGACUGAAUUGAACACGAAGACUGAACCCAAAUACCUCAAGAUAAAAACUUUGUAUUUAACUCGCUUGAUAUUAGUUAUUUUAAUUUAAAUGUAAGUCAAAGUCAUUAUGACAAUUGUGAUUUAGUGUGUUUUUCAAAGUAAUUUAAUUUCACAGUUUCAUUUGGUUUUUGUUUUAGUAAAUAAUAGUAUUUAUUUAUUUAAGUUCCAAUAUCUUUAAAUAGUAGUAUCUUAAAAUUCACACAUUGUAAUAGUUUUAGUUUGGAAUAAUUCAACGAAUUAAUUGUAAUUAGUUAAUAAUAUUUGAGUUAUUCCAGUUGUUGUAUCAUUUGAUUUAUCUCAGUUACCAUGCAAAGUACAUACAUUGUUAUUAUAUUUAAAUCUUAAUUUAAGUUUAUUGUAAUUGAGAAUAUUAAAAGUAAUUUCUGUAC